AUGAACUCGACAAGCACCACUGAGUUGAAGAGGAUAAGCCAAAGCUCGCUUCCCAAUCAUCUCAAAGAUGAAAUGGAUUUCGUUGACUCCUCAUUUUUUAAGACAGCUGGCCGAAAGCUGCCACGUCCCGAACAACUUGGUGCCUCGCGAGAAGGCAUUAUCAUUAUCUCGGAAAUGCAGCUUGUUAUCAAAUUUGGACCACGUGUGACAAUUGACGAAGCAGUGACAAUGUGGAUAGUUAGGAAGUGUCUUGGUUCUCAAGUUCCGGUUCCAGAGCUUUUUGGAUGGCGUGUCUAUCAGGACACUGUUUUUAUCUACAUGGAACUUAUAUCUGGAGUAACUCUACAAGAAUGUUGGAGCGACAUGGACCUCUCAGACAAGGACGCUAUCUGUGGUCAGCUUCGUGAUAUACUUUCCUCCCUACGACAACUCGAACAAGAAAAUACAUUUAUUGGAUCUAUUACUCGAGGUCCAUUAAUCGACAGAGUCUUUUAUGAUCGCCCAAAGGCCGGACCAUUUGAUACAAUUCACGAGUUUUACCACUGGCUCGAAUGGCUUCCCCAACGAUUCUUAUCACUUUCCCAGAGAUAUCAAGAUCCGUAUCUUAAUCUGAUGCCGAAAGAUACAACUAUUAAAUUCACACAUGCUGAUGUACAUCCUACCAACAUAGUUGUCUCUACAUCGGCCUUCGGUCCACCGCGGGUGCUUGCGCUGAUCGACUGGGGCCAAUCUGGGUGGUAUCCAGACUACUGGGAAUUCUUCAAAAUGUGUUACACCACACACUGGGAAGACGAGUGGCAGAAAAGUUGGAUCCCAAGGAUGAUCGAGCCUUAUGAGCACGAAAAGUAUCUUAUGGAUGAAUAUACUGCAACCAUCGGAGCUUUAUAA